AUGAUCUCAGGAGUACAUGCACAGGCGCUGCUCAAGCGAUAUGAGCAACUGAAGAUAGUCGAACUCAGCAAAAACGAUCUCAUCGAGGAUUUAUUACGACGUGUGGGCGAGCUCGAAGAUGCUUAUUAUCAAGUUAAGGCUGAACAUGAACGCGAAAUCCGUUACAAUAGAGAUAUACAGCUCCAUGAGAUGGAACUGAUGGAGCAGAUUAAGCGGGUGAAAAAGAUAAUGGAUCGCGAACCGUUCGUUAUUGUACUCCUCGAUGGCGAUAAGACGCUAUUCCUUGAUCAAUAUGUCCGCGCUGGGGAGCAAGGUGGAAAGGAUGCGGCGAAUAAGAUGGCAACCGAUUUGGGUGAAUACGUCUCACAGCACCUGCCCAACGUCGCAUCGCCGAAACUGGUCGUUCGAAUAUUUGCAAAUGUCAAAGGCCUUGGUUAUACAUAUCACCAAGCCGGCAUAAUCGAUAAGACUUCGGUGAUGGAUGACUUUGUGCGAGGAUUUAAUGAGAGCGGCUUGCUCUUCGACUUUAUCGAUGUUGGACAGAGCAAAGGCAGUGCAGAAGAUAAGAUUUCAGCAACUUUAAAGCUCAAUAUCUAUAGCUGUCACUGCCACCAGAUCUACCUGGGAUUGUGCCAUAAAAAUAGCUGCACUGAGCUAUUGGAAGAAACAAUGGAGGAUAUUGACCUUACAGGACGAAUCUCCAUGAUUGAGAGCAUUCCUUCAGAAAAGGAGCUGGAUGAAUUCAAGGCUCCUUUUCGCAUCGCCCAAUUCCCAGAUAUCUUUCGCAGCAACAAGAUUUCUUCGAGUCCCAUCGCAUCAGUGAAGACACCAGUCAAGACUCAGCCCACGAUGCUCUCGCCUCAUCCACGAUCUGCUUCUUUGACGCGGACAUCGACCAAUACCUCGACGAGCUCCGCUACUCCAACUUCUUGGUCAUCGUGGGCAUCGGUAACCGCGUCAAAUCCCGGUGAUGUAACCCUUCAACCUUUAAAACCGGCUAGCGCUGCGGCACUGAAGACACCUGUUGUCGACCGAAAUAAGCACGGCCAGCGGAUCGAUCGCAUGGAUUUUAAGACUGUCUCCAAGGAGGAAUUGAGUCGAAUCAAAAAGAUGAAACUUUGCAACCUUUAUUAUCUGCUUGGAGAAUGCCCGAAUACGAACUGCUAUCACGACCAUGAUUACAAACUUUCGAAAGAGGAGAAGGACGUUCUACGUGCUGUCGCUCGCAUGACACCUUGCCAUUUUGGAAUGACAUGCGAAGACCCAAAAUGUAUUUAUGGACAUCGUUGCCCUCAGAGCGAAACUGGCAAGAAAGAGUGUCAUUGGGGCAGCAGUUGCCGCUUCGAGCCUGCACAACAUGGAAUUGACCUGAACGUGGUCAAAGUCACCAAGAUUUGA